AUGGCUAAUACCCAGCACUCUAUCGUCCUCCACCUCCAAAACCACAGUGUCACAUAUGCCCGUUACUCCUGGACCACUGACGCCUCUCUGAGUUCCACAAUUCCGCCGAUCGAGUCGCAUGGCAUAUCCAAGGACGAAGGCACCAUCUACACAGUCCUCACCCAACCGGGACUCUUCAAGCAGUCACUGGUCUCUGCCGCAAAUGAGUUCGGCGGCGGCCCUGGAUCCACAACGCUCAUUUUUGUUAUCACCCAGACGGAGAUACGCCAAAACGCGGACUUCCGUUCCCUGCCAGAGACAUUGAAUGCGCUGAUUGAGGGGACCAAAAACGAUGAUGGGAACGUGUUUAAACUGGUGGCGUUCGAUGAGUUUGAUGAUUUGAAUGAUGAGAGAAAAGGGUCGAUUACGCGGCAUCUUCGAGCGGAGAUGUCAAAGGAAUGCUCCCGUGACAUGAUUGUCUUGACCCCCGCAGAAGAUGGCGUUGUGAAAAAAUGCCAUCUAAGCCACUACCAAUGGAAAGAGACCGACUCGGAACCCAAGGUCUUCGAGAGCGCAAAGAAUAAGGCGGUAAUUGAUAAAUUCAUCUUUGACCUCACCUCCGCCGACCUCCAAACGGCGCUCUCUUUUGUCAGCCCACUGAUCCAUGAGUCAAGACAUGCCGUCAAAGUACCUAUACUCCUGCAAGCUGGCCCUGCCAUCCGCGGAAGAUCAGAAUUUAUUGGGCUCCAAGCGCGUCUGACAAAAGAACUUGGAGAUGUGCGACUGAUGAAUGGCAUCAGGUUCAUCAUGGUACCCUAUAAGCUUCCGCAAGGCGGGGAUGCCAGUGCGCGUGUGUCUGCGCUUGCAAAAGAGAGAUUGAAGCCGAAAUUUGCGAUGGUGUUGUUUGUAGAGCGGAAUGUGGCGGCGGCAUGGCUGUACCGGUGGGUCGCUGUUGAUGGGAUCGAGGGACCACGGAAAUUAGAAGUUGUCGGGGAUAAGACUUUCAAAGCACCUACCUCGGGCUCCGGCGGUAUUGCCUGGCUUGAGGCGUCCCUUGCGCCGCUGGCCAAGCUUGCUUGUGCAAAUCUUCCAACGCGCGCCGGGGGCGUCAAAUUAAUCCUUCUCAACUCCACCGCGGUGCAAGCACUUCCUCGCCAUAGCACCUCUGGCUCCUAUCACACGCUCUGCGAUGCACUACGGGCCUGUGCGAAAGAUAUCCAAGGCACAAGAUUUGAUAUUGAGGCUUGCCCUCUGAUCCCUGGAUACGAGGAGGCCGACGCCAGCAAGGAGUACUAUCAUGAGGAGGUCUUAAGGUCCUUCUUCGUGCGGCGUGCCCUUGUCCUGAACAAUAAUAAAAAGGACGAUCACAAUAUGACACUUACGUUGUAUGGACUCGAGCUUAUCGACCGAACUGUACCUCUUGGACACGUGAAGCUCUACAAAACUCAACGGUCGGCUGAUGUGAUUCUCGACUUUGAGCACGAUAGGAACGAAAUUAGUAACCUCAGCGCCAAACAGAUAGAUCAGUUCGGGAAACGGCAAAAAAAUAAAGACAAGAAAGCAGUUGAAGCAGCCCUCAAGAAGGCUUUUAACGACGCUCUUCCAUGGGUGCCAAGGCUCGAGGGCAAAGUCCCCGUUUUCUUUGUCGGCACAGUAAGCUCCAAUGAACAGAUCCAGCGAGAAAGAUAUGACGCCGCUAUUGAGAUGGCCAAAGUGUAUGCAAAGAACUGGCGGUAUCCUGGAGACUCGCCGCCAGUUCAGUGGGAGUUCAUUGUGGCGCCGCCGAAGGAUUUGUCGGGGGAAACAGAUGAUCGGGUUGAUGAUAACGAGGAGUCUAGCCGGGAGAGAAUCUGGAGAUAUUAUAAUAAAUAUUCCGUUGUGGUGUCCAAUUCGAAAACAACAGUUUACAACUGGCACGACUGGGCUGCCGGUGACCGCUGUCUGCCGCCCCUGGAGGCCAUAUCCAUCUGGGACACCGACUCAUCUACCCCCAACGUCAUCCCCGAUAUCCUCAAGCGUGCCCGAAGUUUCCUCCCUACAUACGCUGGCCAGGUCCCCGUCUUCGUGUGGCAUACCGGCAAUACCGAUCCCUUGCCGGAUACUGUUGAGGAGCUCCGCGUCGUAAUCAACUCCCUGCCAUCGCCCGACGGAACUACUAGUUUCAUCCUGGCGGAGUUCGCUGCCGUCCCCGACAACGAAAUUGUCCUUGGAGCGGCCGUGGCACAGGAAUACGCCAUCGCCGCUGGCACCCCCAACAACUCCACCAUUGUUAAUGCGGCCAAAGCUAGACACGGCUGGUGGUACUCCCCCACCGCAAAGACGUACCUUGAGGGGCGAAUGUUUGGCGUUCAAAGCGGCGGAGAAAUACUCGACGUUUUUGUGCAGGGUUCGCCGGCGGUGGCGGCCAAGGACAUUAGAGCGUACCCCAUGGAGCUGUAUGACUUGCUAGUUCCGGGGGUGGAGGGGGUUUUGCCGGAAGGGGUACUCGUGGGGUGUGCGGCAUCGGAGUUGGCGCAGGUCAAGGUGGGUGAGGAUAUCAAGUGUAAUGCGACGAGUGUGCAUGUGUGUGCUGAGCACAAGGACGGGGAGGGGGUGGAGCUCGCGAGCGGGAGAAAGGCAUUUGAGGAAGCAUCGACGGCUUUGAGGGUGCUUAGUAUAGGCUUUGGCAUGGAGGUGGGAUGGGAGGGGAUGGAUCUGGGGAUGGAGAAGUGGACAAUGGGGAGGAUGGCGUUAUGGGCUACACUAAAUGCGCAGAACGACAUGUGGCAGUAG